UUUCCACACUGGAGUUAUUAUUGUUUGGUUUGUUUCUAAACUAAGAGCAUCAUGUUUUCGUGAUGUUCGUAUCGAAGGUGAAUCUGUCAUCGUUCCAAUGGAAAAAAUGGGUUCUUGGCCUAAAAAAGGGGAUUCCGAACGUUUCGACGGCAAUUUCGAGGAUAUCAUCGUAACAAAGGAUCUUCAGGAUUGUUUCGACGAGAGCCUCGAAGCUUGUUUCUCCAAAACCUAUCCAGUGAUAAACAUUAACGAAAACCACCACGACAAGGACGGCGAUAAGAAUCGCUUGGAAAAUGCUACGUAUAUCGGAAAAUUGCAUGAAAACGACGAAAAUGCGGGAUAUAUUUAUCAUACAGUAUCUCCUAACGAGAUUUACAUGCACAUCAAUCCAGGUUCAUCUGGUGAUAUGCCUGAUGAACCAUCACACGCUACGAUAACCAUACACAGUACGAAUCCUGAAACGAAAGAAACGCUUGUAAAUCGAUUUCAUUGUGAAUAUGAUGGCUGUGCAAGAACUUACAGCACAGUAGGAAAUUUAAGAACCCAUAUGAAAACUCAUAAAGGUGAAUAUCGUUUUAAAUGUACAGAACCCAAUUGUGGCAAACAAUUUUUAACAUCAUACAGUUUAAAAAUACACGUAAGAGUUCAUACCAAAGUAAAACCAUUCGAAUGUACCUACGAUGGCUGUGAAAAAGCUUUCAAUACAUUGUACAGAUUACGAGCGCACGAACGACUUCAUAACGGGAAAACUUUUAAUUGUGUCUCUAAUGGUUGUUUAAAGUUUUUUACGACUUUAAGCGAUCUAAAAAAGCAUGUUAGAACCCAUACCAGGGAAAGACCUUACAAAUGUGAAGAGGAUGGUUGUGGCAAAGCUUUCACAGCUAGUCACCAUUUAAAAACGCAUAAAAGAACACACAGCGGUGAGAGACCCUAUGCUUGUGCUGAAACUGAUUGUACCAGAGCUUUUACAACACCGCACAGUUUAAAAUCGCACGCGAAAACCCACGCAAAGUAUCAAGAAAAGGUUAACGAAAAGGAAUUAAAUCAGAAUCAAGAAAUUAGUCAAGAAGAAGGAGGUUUAAAUGUUAAACGCGAGGUUGAUAUUGAGAUUGAAGAUUGCAAAGUUACGCCGGGCGAUGGUACUGAUGAUGAUUUUGGAGGUACGUUUGAUUAUGAGGGUGAAAGGGACGUCAAUUGGGAAUGUUUGGAAAGUAUUGUGGAAGGUGAUGAGGUUGGAAAUGAUUACAACAACCAACCAAAACAACUACAUCAACCCCAAACCUUCACAUCACUUAAUACAAUUUCACAACAAGAACACACUGAUCAAGUGGAUAUGUUAUUGUUAAACGGGAAUAUAGCGGAACCCGAUCCGGCGAUUUUUAAAGAAACUUUUGCUGCCGUUCAAUCAGAUCCGGCAAAUUACGAAAUUGCGAGCGGUUUAAAAAAUUACGCUACCGUUAAUACAGCGGAUCCAAUUCCCACCCAACUUUCCUACAAUAUCGGCACUGAAAACGUUGAAAAUGGAAAAGACGGUGAAACGUUAAAUAACACGGAAAUGGAGCUUGAGGAGAAUAGUAUUAUCACAGAAAUUGAAAAGGCCGCUCGAGAUUUAUUAGAUAUCGGUCGAAAUGAACCCAGCGUGACUAAUUUUGAUGUUGAUAUGUUUAAUGAUGUUUUUGAAACGGGUAAUAAUAAUAAUAACGAUAAUAAUAUCGAUAAUAAUAACGUUGACGAUGUUAACGAUAAAAAUGAUAAAUCGUCGAAUGUAAAAAUUGUUAGUAUCCAAAAUAUUACCCCGCCCGAAAAUAAAUAUAAGCAAGUUUAUAUGCCGGAAGCUCUACAAAUGUCUUUGGCUUUGGAAGAAGAAGUCCCAUCAACUUGGGUGGGUGGUUUAGGGAUGAUUAACACAAACCCAGUUUAUGAAGAACCGAUUUUAAUGGAAAAUCCAUUACCGACAACAAUUCAAUCUUAUAUUAACUUAGAAACGCCUCAAUCGAAUUUAGCCGAAUCGAUCGACAAAAAUUUUUAUAUGGAUAAUAUUUUAAAUGAAAGUAAUUUUGAUGCAACAUCAAAUAUCUUAAAAGAUUUAACAGCAGACGCGGAUAUUUGUAAAUGUAUCGAUUGUAAGUGUGACCCAUAUAAUAGCUGUCACGGGUGUAAUCAAUCUUCUUCAGACUUAACAAGAACGUCAAUUCCGCAAAAUGAAGAAAAAGAAACAAAAUCGAAAGAAUUAGAAGGUGUAAGAAAAAGAAAUAACACUGCUAAUGAGAACAACGGGGGUUGUGGUUGCGCUGAAAAAGCGGGAUGUUGCGGGAAAACCUCAACGAAAGAUGAGGAAACUGAUGAUUGUGCGGAAAAAGGUGAUGAUUGUUGUGUGGUUGUGUGCUUAAAAUCAAUAGAGCAACUAAAGAAAAUGCUUCAGUUGGCUAAAGGUUGCAAUAACUUUAAGACGCUAAGCUUGGGGUGCGUUAACAAAAAAUUGUGUUCGAAAUAAUUUAGUAAUCCAAAAAAUUUAUUAAUU